AUGUCUCGUGGGGCAUCUUCGUCUUCUUGCAACAGCUGGGUCCAUCGGAGUUGCAAUUCCUGCCAUGGUGGUUCUAGGGUUUCAGGGUCACCCCCAAUUUGCGAUUGCGGAGACAUUGCAGUGGUGCGCACAGCUAGAACUACAAAGAAUUUGGGUAAACAAUUUUGGGGCUGUGCGAACUUUAAGAGAUGUGGUGAAGAUGUGUUGGGAUGCAACUUUUUCAAGUGGUGUUACGAAGAUGGUGCUGAUGAGCGAGAUGCCAUUAUCGCUAGGCAAAGGCAGAAGAUUGCUUAUAUUGAAAAUGCAUUGACUGUUUGGAGAAAACGGAUGCAACUGUCAUUAGCUGUGAUAGGUGUUCUUAUUGUAAUGAUUGUAGUUAGUUUUAUGGGUUGUAAUUGUCGUUGA